AUGCUCUAUUACUCCGUCUUUGCCUUGACCAUGGCUGCAUCAGCCAUCGCCACUCCUGUUAUGGUCAAACGCGAUGUCUUCGACUGCAAUGUCGCCUACGUUUCCUGCGUUGCAAAUCCAUACCAGCAAGACAGUUACUGCAGCGACACCCGCAACACCUGCGAAGCCUGCUGGCAAACCGAACAAUCCUGCAGAGUCAACGCCGACUACGCCAAAGGCAUCCAAUGCACUGUAGAUGCCCAACUCUGCUUCCACUCCACCGAAAACCCUGGUUCAGUCUACGGUGCAUACGAUUGUGAUGCUGCUUACAGCACUUGCACUUCUGCUCCAGACACCAAUCACGCUUUCUGUGCUGCUCAGCUUGCUGGUUGCAGAAGCUGUGAGACGCAGGAGAAUCAGUGUCGUAGUGCACCUGAUGCUAACCAAGCUGGUUGUUCUGCUCAGUCGGCUGGUUGCUUCAGAGAUGCUGUCACCUCUAAUGGCACUUACACUGGUUGA